GGUAUAAAGCUAAGUAACUCUAUUGCGGUAGUGAUUUUUACUUAGCUCCAUAAACCGGUAACUAAUUUUUUUAACGAAUUUACCAUAUUUUUGCAAGGUUCUGGAAUUCGUUAAUUCGUACUAAUGGAUUUUCCGGCAGGGUUCUGGAAUGCAUAGAUACUACUAGUACGUGUGUAAACACAUUGCCUUCUAAAAAAUUAUCAAAAAUAAAAAAGACUCGGCCACUUACUUUUUAGUAAUUAACUGCAUCCCGUACGCAAUAGAAUUGAGUUUGUGUUUUGUGAGAGAACGUUAUAUUUUUUUUAACGAAAUUCUAGAAAGUUAACAAAAAUGAAGCAUUCAAGGAAUAUAAUAAUUUUUGUGGGAUUCUUAAGCGUUUGCUUGGUUCAGCAAAUAAACAGUCUGCCGCAAGCUGGCCGCGGUUGGUCUCCUGCACGUCCAAAUGCCACUUCCUACAAUAACCAUUGGCAGCAAAAACUUCAGACGACGCGAUCAUCAACACAAAAUCAGCAACCUAAUUGGCAAUCUAAUGGUGGCUGGAGCUGGCUCCUAGCAAAUAAUAGUGCUCCGCAAAAACCACAACAGCAACAACAACCGCAAUGGCAACAAGGUAAUGGUACUCGCCGACUUGUGAGUGGUGCAGCUUAUCAAUCAGAAGGCGAAAGAGUUUGGUUAAAUAAUAACCAAUCACAUCCGUUUAUCCAAGUGCCUGGUUUUGGAAAUCGUCCAAAUUUCGCAAUAGCUAAACAACCGAAUCGAAACAACUCAUUGGCAACAGUUAGUAAUUAUGGAUUCGGUUGGAGAGCGCCACAGCCCAAUUACUUGGGACCGGUUGGCAAUAACUCGUCAACACAAAAUGUUCCUACAACGCGUCAGCCCUUCGGAAACAAUGGCUGGCAAAGAAAUCCCUCAGCAGCCAGUACUUGGAAUAUUGGGCGUCCCGCCGCCUAUAAUUCUACAACAGGUGGACAGAAUGCUGGCAAUUGGUAUUCUCCUGCUAAUACAUCAACACCACCACGCAAUGCGGGUUGGACUGCGCCUAUUAAACCGAAUAUUAAUACAAACUGGAACGGUGUUGCUAGCAAUGGUACUAGUGGACGCGGUGGUGUCAACUCAUAUGCCAAUUGGAAUUCACCUCUCCCGGGCAGUACAUUUGUAGCUGGGAAUAAUAAUCAAAGCGGCUUUUUUAGCAGUGGACCAACAGCUGCUGCUCGCAACAAUUCAAACUCUGGUUACUCAGGCUUUGCACCCGUGGGAAACGGAGGCCAAUUGCCUCCUGGUAGUUAUGGUGCUAGUUCCAGUUACGGUACGCCACUAGCACCACUGGCUGGCGGAAGUUCGUGGAGCUCAAAUUCAUCACAAGCUAGCUGGAGCUACACAAAUGGACAACAGCAACCACAAGCGCGGCCUAUUAACAAUUCGAAUCCUUAUGCCAACUUAUUUUACUGAUUAUUUAAGCACGCAUAGAACUUAUUGGAUUUAUAUAUAUUGGCCAUUACGGAAUUAUUAAAUAAAUGUAUAUGUACGUACUAAGAAAAUCAACUCAUCUCAUAAUUGUUCUAGCAUCGAUAACGACUAUCUUUAAAAGACUUAGGGUCGUUUUCUCAAGUAGGUUUUAAAAUUUAUCUGCCCUUAAAACACAAAUUUCUGUUAAAAAAAAAUGUGUUUAAAUUAAUUUUAAAACCUACAUCAGAAAACGGCACUUAAUUUAUACAUACAUACAGUUACCCACAGAAGUAUUAAUUUUGUUUAUUUUCACGAUAUUUUGGUUGUACACAGCUAUAUUUCAAAUAAAAAGUAACGAAAAACAUUUAUAAUGAAAGACAUAUUGAAUAUCGUGAAAAAACUAAACAACGAAUACUUCUGUGAGUAACUGUAUGUAUGUAUUUAUUUAUUUUUUAUUUACCAAGAAUAUAUGAAAAAAAAAAAUUGUUUGCAUAAAAUUUUAAACGGAUAAUUUUUAAGACGAAACCUAUAAACUGUAGAGGUAAGCGUUAAUAAGAACAACUUUGGUUUUUUGGGGGCACAAUUGAUUCAAAGUGCCAACAAAUUUUUGAAAAAUCCAUUUUGUUUGCUAAUAGAUAGCAAUGUAGGGAAAAUCACAAGUUUUGGAAUCACACAAAAAACGCCGAAACAAGUAAACUUAACCCGAAUUAAUACUUAGGGUCAAAAUGGACCCUUCUUAAAUUUUGAAUCCGAUUUUCCCACUCGCCUUGGGUCCGAUCAAUCCAUUUUUUUACUUUAUUUUUUUCUGCUAAAAAGCUAAUAUUUUCUACCAUGGAAUUUUAAAUUGUAAUUGAAACAUUUAUUGGCUAUUGUUACCAAUUGGACCUUAGGGUCAUAAAGCACCCUAUUCUCAUAUAACAGAGAAACUUUCAACUUUCAUUGGGUUUUGGGAGGAACACAGAGCACUGGAGCCAGCACAAAUAAACGUGUACAAUAUUUAUUAUGUCAUUAGCGCAAACCAACAAUCCGCCAAACGUGGAAAGUGCAACAAAUGUCUAGGCAAAUACCACCACAACAUACCUGAAAUAUAUAAUAAAUGUGAAGAAAAACAAAUGACAAAUACUCAACGAUUAUCAAUAAAUCAGAUCAAAAUAUUUUGUUCAAUC